AUGGGUUCCACAACAAUAAACCUCCCCACCAUCCACCUCGACACCACCCUAACGGACCUCUACAAUCUCGCCGACCCCUCCACCGCGCACCUCCGCCUAGGCCUGGUCCUCUGCGGCGUCAACUCCGCCAUCGCCCUGACCCCUUCCUUCCCGCGCAACAAGAAGUAUCUCUACCAGGAUAGUCCCUUCAACAACAUCCCGCCGGCCGAGCUCAAAGCCGUCGCCGCCGAUGCCGCCUCGUCGUCAUCAAACCCAUCCAGGUCCCAAAAAACAUCAGACCUCCAACGCUCCCUAGCCCUAAAAUACCUCUCCCUCAUCCCCCAACGCGACGCCUUCAUCGCCGGCGGCGGCCCUUCCACCCCAACCAUCUUCUUCAACGUCUCACCCGGCAGCGCCUCGCAAGAGGCGCACGAUCGGCACGAGGCCGAGACGACGAUUGCCGUGCUGGCGCCCGAGCAGAGGCCCAAGUUGGUGUUUUGUUCUGGACCGAGCAGUAUUCCGGUCAAAGAGCUGGGGAUUGAUAGGCUGGCGGUCAAGAUCAUGCUUGAUGACCUUGAGAGGCAGGGGUAUCCGUUGGUGGUGGACCAGGAGACGCAGUGGUUUUUGAAUAGCAAGGCGGGGUUGGCGGGGAGCGGGUUGCCGACGCCGAGGGCGGAGGUGGUGGUUGUUGAGGGGUAUGUGCCGGUUUCUGAUCCCGAAAAAUGCUGUGAGGUUUGUCGGGAUGAGGAUUUAGGAAAGGGAGGAGGGAUGCGGUUCGUGCCUGCUGGGUGUAAAGGCGUGAGGGGACGAUGGGUAGGGGAGCAGAUGAAGAGGAUCGUGGAGAAAGUGGAAGCCAGGCAGGCGCCGUUUGUGUUCAAGACGCAGCAGACGUUUGGCGGGGCGGGGACGUGGGUGGUUAGUAGCGAGGAGAAGAAGCGGGAGCUGGUGAAGGAGUUGACGGAUGAUGAGACCGGAGUGUUGCGGAAGUUGCUGUCGCAGGUGACGGCUAGAAACCAACAGAUGAAGCCCGGGUCGGUGGUCCUGAGCGAGAUGGUGCGUGAUCCGGUAGGGGACUAUGGCGUGACGUUUUUGGUUGGCAAGGGAGGGGAGGCGACGUUUUUGGCGGCGUCGGAGCAGAUGAUUAAUGAGGAUAACGCGUGGAUUGGGAGUACGAUUAACUAUGCGCGCCAGGAGAGGCUGAAGGAGAAGUUUGAGGGGAUCAUGAGGCAGACGGCUGAGUGGGUGGGGAAGCAUGGGUACAUUGGACCCGUGGGGAUUGAUAUUUUGGAGACGAAGGAUAUACCGAAGGAUGGAGAACAGCUACAGCAGAAUGGCACCUCGUCGGUGGAUGGCGAGAAGACGGCGCACUACGUUGUGGAUUUGAACGUGAGGACGUCGGGCUCGCUGGCGUUACCGUUGCUCAAGGGUCACUUUACGAGCAGGGGCAUGACUUGUGCGAGCAGUUUUUCUACUACGGCGAAGGGAUCGAGGAAGGAGUUCAUGGAGACGUGGAGGGAGGAGUUUGAAACUGGGCGGAUGCUGAUCAUGGCUUGGUACGAGGAUAAUACGAGCAAUGGGGAAAAGGAGGUGAAGAGCAUUGGCGAUGUGGUGGUGGGCGGGAAGGAUGAGAAGGACUUGCAGGAUUUGAUGAAAAGGGUGAGGGAGAGCACUGAGGAGGUGACGUUCUGA